GGUGAUGCCUGGGUUUCCGGUUGAAGCGGUGAUGCGAGGUUGUAGCCACAAUCCACAGUUUUCUUAGUUUAAAAAGACCGUAAACAGUUAAAAACUCUGGAAUAGCACGAAAAAUAGAAUCUCAAUGUUGCGUUUACGCAUUAUAUAUUGGAAAUUAAAUACUAAGGAAAUGUAAUGAAAGCUUGAUAAAUUUAUAGUAGUCGGAAAUUUACUAUAUGUAAAUAAAGCUUACUAUUAGAGAUUUAAUGUUGCCCUAACGAAAAAUGUAUUAUUACGGAAAAUGCACUUGCAGUAGAAUGUCGAGUACUUUAUAUUAACUUUUUAUCAUGUCAUCUUUCAUACGUUUGCAUUUACUUUUGUGUUGUUUGUUUGUUUUUAUGCUGAAAGAUGUAUUUCAUUAUUCUUCUGCACACUUUAAUUGCUUUAAUACGACAUUAAUGUAUGCUGUUGCAUCGAUAUCUCACAUAGGUAUUGCGGGAUAUGUUUUCGAAAAAUUUAAAAACAACUGAUAAAGCAGAUUUGAUACAAAUGAAUCACAAGCCAGACGUCAUCCUUGGGCCUCGACAUAAAGAAUUUUUGGAAGAUGCUUAUUUGACUAUGGUAUACAAAAGUGUUCGCUAUUACGCAACGUGCUACAGGACCAAUUACGGAGCAGAUAAUGAUCUUCUUCCCAGCACAUUAGAAUCAACAGAUCUAAAGACUGACAGAAUACUUUCAAAUCGAAAGACAAGAACUUUGAUGGACCGGUACUUGAUUUAUAUGAUAUCUCAUGAAAUGGUGACAAAGAUGAUUGCACCAGGAGCUAUGCUUGCCAUUCAUGAUCCCUUCGAUCCAUCUUUCGAUCCACAUAUCCUGGAACCAGGAAAACAUUACAGGAUUUUCAUUAGAAUGGAACAAGAGAAAUUGCUUCCCUAUCCAUACGCUACAGACUGCAGAAAUUACACAGAAGAAUGGAUUUCAAAUAACAAGACAGGCCCAAAGUCUAAAGAAAUGUUAUGUGCGAUACAGCAUUGUUAUGUGCGAGGCGAAAAUUGAGAUUAAUGAUUGUGAUUGCAAACCUUUUUAUCUGUACGAAGGCGAUGCUUUUCUUCUGAAAGACUUUUGCAACAGUAUGUAUACUAAUUUUGUCCUAUAAAUUCACUAAAUUAAUUAAA